GGGAGAGCUGCGCGGCGGAGAGCGCGCCUGGCGGGCAGGGGGGCCUCCCAGGAGAGCAACGCCCGAGGGGGUCGAGCCGCCGAGCUUCCCCCAGCGGCCCGGGAUGGACGCCGCCGCGCUGAGCAGCCGAGCUUUCCGGGAGGUGUGCGCCGCGGGCGGCUGCCUGGCCGAGAGCGUGCUGGCUCGGCGGCUGAAUCGCCGGGACCACUCCACGCAUCUGGCCCGGGUGCUGGCGGACGCCACGAAGUUCGCGCUGGUGACCCGGGAAGAGGAGGCGGCGGCCGGCGGCGGCGGCGAGCAGCGGGGGGGGGUGGGCGUCACCGGGGUGCGCCUAUGCCGGGAACAUGGCGGGGGCCAGUGCGCCGGGCAGUGCCGCCAGCUCCAUCUCUGCCGCUACUUCGUGUACGGGGGGUGCCGGCAUCAGGGCACCAGGAAACAGUGCAAAUUCAUCCAUGACAUUCAUUCACCACACAAUCUGAGUGUCCUGAAAGAGCAUGGGUUGGAGAGUUUGAACAGUGAAGAGUUAUGUCAGCUGCUGCUUCAGAAUGAUCCUUCACUACUUCCUGAGGUAUGCACAUACUAUAACAAAGGGGAUGGACCCUUUGGGUCUUGUACCUUCAAGACAAUCUGUAUCAAACUUCACAUAUGCCAGUACUACCUCCAGGGAACAUGCAGGUUUGGAAGCGACUGCAAACGCUCACAUAACAUUUGUGACCCCGAAUGUUGUGAGAAGCUGGAGAAGUGGGGAUUUGGCCGAAUCCUGAUUGGGAAGCUUCCUUUGAUUUACAGGAACAUGUAUGACAUCAAACACAACACAACACCAACUUGCAAAGCAAGAAGGAGCAGUGGUCGGGCCCCUUCGGUGACAAGCAGCAGUGACGAAUCGAAUAUGAUCUGCUUGUACCACAUUAGGAAAAGUUGUAGCUUCCAAGAUAAAUGUAUCCGCGUUCACUUCCAUUUGCCAUACAGAUGGGAACACUUCAGUGGUACCCAAUGGACAGAGCUGCCUCAUAUGGAGGACAUUGAAAAGCAGUACUGUGAUCCCUUUAAUGAAAGGUUUACCUGCCGUGGUUCAAAACUGAUCAUUGACUUCAGCAGUAUGACUUACAACUCCAUCCAAGUUAGACGCCUCUCCACAGCAUCUUCUGUGACCAAGCCCCCUCACUAUAUCCUAACUACAGAAUGGCUCUGGUAUUGGAAAGAUGACUAUGGACUAUGGAAUGAAUAUGGGACGCAGGAUAUUGACCAUGGUGCUUCUUCGGUAUGCAGCCUCGAUCUUGAGAAAGCCUAUCAGUCUGAGGCCUCCCCAACACUCAACUUCACAGCUAGGAAUCAGAAUUAUGUGCUUGAUUUCAAAGCCAUGAAACAGAAGAACGUGUGUUACAAGACAGAACGAGAAGUUCGUAGGCGACCUAAGUUUGUGUCUCUAAAAGAAAUAGAGAAGAAGAAAACCAGCGGGGCUGAGCUAUCGAAGGCAGGAGAAGGAGCGAUAAACAUUCCAGCUCAUUGGGACCAGUCAGCCUUACCAGAGCUGGGAUAUAAGUUGAUCCCCCUUCAAUCAUCAUCUAAUGAAUACAGAAAGGUCCAGGUUAACUUUGAGCGCACUAUGUCCAAGGCAAAAAUUAUAAAGAUCAACAGAAUUCAGAAUCUGGCUCUCUGGGAAGUGUAUCAGUGGCAGAAAGAACAAAUGAAGAAGGCAAAUGGAGGGAAGGAUGUAGAUGAAAAACUGCUGUUUCAUGGGACGACCAGAAACCAUGUUGAAGCUAUCUGCCAGCAGAACUUCGACUGGAGGAUCUGUGGAGUUCAUGGUACCGCCUAUGGCAAAGGAAGCUACUUUGCAAGGGAUGCUUCGUAUUCUGAUAACUACUGCAAACACGAUUUAGUCUCCAAGACAAUGUUUCUAGCACGAGUAUUGGUGGGGGAGUUUACCAAUGGUUUGCCUCACUAUCUCCGUCCUCCUACCAAAGACAGCCAGAACACUGCUUUCUAUGACAGCUGUGUGAAUAGCAUCCAUAACCCGUCCAUCUUUGUCAUUUUUGAAAAGCAUCAAAUUUACCCUGAAUACCUGAUUGACUAUUCCACUUAGGUUGUAGGCUGUUGCUUUUCUUUCUGGUCUACAGUCUGCCUGGCAGAAAUCUAGAUGAAGUCUCUUGCAUAAUCCAACUAGUGCAUACUUCCGUGGCUUUUUUUAUACUGUUCAUUUUCCCCCCAUACGGCCACUGCAUACUGCAUUAAUUUUCACUUAAUACCCUCAAGUUCCAAUGGGGCUGGCAUCCCUUUUAACAAUUUCUAGCACAACUUCUGAGUUAUCUUUUGCUUUAUCACCAUUGAUUGAAUAUUUUUGCAGUCACGCAUAAGAACUAUUCACUUCCUCCGUUUGGAGGUGGCUUCCUAUGAACCCAUACUGUAGAGGAGUCUUUGUCUGUAAAACCUCAGGUACACGAGGUCACAAAUGCAGUAGACCAGUGGGAAGGGGGACUCCCCAAUCUCCCCUCCUGUAUAUCCCUUGAAGCUUAAUGUGAGCAGCCCACCUCUGGCACUUUUAAUGGCAGAAUAUCAGAGAAAAGUUAUACGUGGAUCUGUGGUACCGUCAGAGACCUAGAGUAUAACUGCUUGCACUUUCCCUUUUCCCAAACUUCUGUCUCCCAUGAUACUUCUAGAACUAGAACGGCCUUUAAUUUUACUCGAUCUACUUGGAUUCCUUCGUCUACCUUUUAAAGAAACAUGAUAACUAGGACUUUUCUUCCUUGAACUUUGUUUUGCACUGAUUUUCGUAUAGCCUUUGUAAUAAGUGCUCUUCAUUUUAAAAUCCAGAUUUUAAUGAAAAAGCAACAUUUGUCGUUUUUAAUAAAACAUUUUUUUAAAAAUACAUGCUGUGGUUACAGAGAAAGGUAACUGUAAUACUGCAGUUUGGGGUGCACCGAAUAUUGCUAUGCAACCAUUAUGUGAUUGUGGUCUUUGACUGUGUGGAAACCUGUAUGCCUCUCUGAAUAUUAUUCAGGACCAUUGAAAAAUCUGACUUGUCUGAUACUGUUUUGUUAAAAUUGUUCUUCUUUUAGUGCAAUGGAUACAUGUAGCUGGGCCUGUGAAAUGAGUUUCUUAUGGUUUCCAGAGAUCACCUUAACUAGAAGCCUGUUUUAGCUCAAUAAACUUUUAUAGUUGUGAGGCUCAAGUGAAUAUCACUUGGCUUAUCCUUUUCUCGCAAUGUAGCUGGUUC